AUGUCUUCCUCCGCCUUUUCAUCUUGUGUCUCUUCCUCCCCCUUUUCAACCUCCGCCUCUUCCUCCUCCUCCUCCUCCUCCUCCUCCUCAAUCGCAAAUCCCUCCCCAACCUCAAUCUCAAUCUCAACCUCAACACCUAUCCCAACCCCCACAAUUCGCCACACAGCCUCUCAAUCUCUCUCCCCCUCCCACAUCCCGGCAGACACACCCUCAACCCCCAUCAUACAAAAAGCGACUUCAAUCCCCGGUAUCCCACCACCAUCACCUACCAGUAUUUCCGUAUUCACCCAACUCCAAAACCUCCUCGACAUAACCUCCACACUCCUGGGUCUUUUCUUCGUCUCCCUCCUCACUAUUCUCUUCAUCUACUGGUCAUCAAUCUAUAUCCUGCACAAAACACUCGGCAUAAAACCAUCCCAUUCCAAUCAACACAAAAAAGACAAAGACAAAGACUUCCACGAAACCGAAACCAAGAAAAAAGAAGUAUCAUUCCAAAAUCCCGCCGACUCAUCAUCUCCCCACCCAGAAUCCAAAUACGAUAAAAAAGCCCAAGAAAUCAAACAGAGAAUUUCAAGUGUUCAAUCUUCAUCUCCCUCCCAAGCUCAAUCACAAUUACAAACAUCCACAAAAAAUCAAGAAUCAACACCCAUAGCAGGUCUAGGUGGAAAACUCCUCUCGGAAAUAGAAACAAUUGCGAAAAUAGCAACGAGUACUGAUUUUGAAGAGAUGGGAGAGGCGACGGGGAGAGAUCCAGAGGAUAUUAGGGCGGAUGUGGAUUUGGAGUUUCAGAGGGGAGUGGCGGAUGUGAGGGGAGAUGUGGAUGUGAAUACGGUGGGGAAGGGGGAUGGGGGGAGUGUUGGAAUUUUGUGA